AUGCCGGCCACGAAGAGGGGGCUGGCCGCAGCAAAGGAGGAGGCCGAAGCAAAGACGCCAGUCGCGGCCAAAACACCGGCAGUGGCGGCGGGCCGAGCCGCGGCGGCGAGGGGAGCCGCGGUGGCAGCAACCGCAGCAGGGAGACCAGUCACGGCGGGGAAGCCAGCCGCCGUGAAGGGACUGGCUGCGGCGGCGGAGGGGACCGUGGCGAAGACGCUGGCCGCAACGAGGGAGCCAGCACCGGGGCAGCCGGUGCAAACAGCUGCAACUGAGCCCGAGCAGAGGCUUCAGAAAGAUAAUGUAGCAUUUGGGAAGAAAGAUGCAUGUCAGUAUUCCAGUGUUGGAGGCCAAGAUAGCAAAGACUUCAACAGUUACUGUGUUUUUUCCCUUGGUGCUCAGAAUAUUCAGUUCUCCAAGACAGACUGGGUAAAUCAAAGCAUCACAUACUUCAUCCUUCUGGGAUUUGGGAAAGACCCUGAACUGCAGAUCCUUCUCUUCCUAUUCUUUCUGAUUAUCUAUGUUGUAACUAUCAUUGGCAACCUCCUCAUUGCUGGAUUAGUAAUAUCUGAUCGCCACCUUCACAGGCCAAUGUAUUAUUUCCUGGCCAACCUUUCAAGCUUGGAAACCUGCUACACUUCCAUCAUUCUACCCAGGAUGUUGGCCAGUUUCCUAACUGGGGACAGAACUAUUUCUGUCAUUGGCUGCAUUGUACAAUUUAAUGUAUUUAGCUCUCUGACUGCCACAGAAUGUUAUCUUCUGGCUGUGAUGUCCUAUGAUCGGUAUUUAGCAAUACGUAGACCAUUACACUAUGCCACACUUAUGAAGGGUCGGUUUUGCUUUCAGCUAGCAACUGGAUCUUGGGUUAGUGGAUUUCUUGCCAGUACUGCAACAACUUCAUUGUUGUCCAAGUUCAAUUUUUGUGAUUCCAACGAGAUAGAUCACUUCUUCUGUGAUUUUGCCCCCUUGUUAAAACUCUCAUGUAGUGAUACCACUCUCAUGAAACUUGUCACUUUUGUGCUGUCUGUCAUUUUCACUCUGCCCUGUUUUGUUUUAACUGUGGCAUCUUAUGUUUAUAUCAUCAGCACCAUUUUGAAGAUUCCAUCUACCAAAGGGAGGCAAAAGGCUUUCUCCACCUGCUCCUCUCACCUGAUGGUUGUCACAAUCUUCUAUGGGACUCUCAUCAUUGUGUACCUAUUGCCAGAUUCCCCUACACUACAGGAUCUCAACAAAGUCCUUUCUUUGUUCUAUACAGUUUUGACUCCCAUGAUAAAUCCUCUCAUAUACAGUCUCAGAAACAAAGAUGUUCAGGAGGCCCUGAAAAAAAAACUUGUAAAGUUUCUGCCAUUCACAGGAAGCAAGGGAAUCAAAGAGGGUUUCAUUCACAUACAUUAA